GUUUCAAAGCCUAGCUCUUGCAUGCUCAUCCAAGCCUAGUAACAGUCUUGCAGCUGAUCCUUCGCCUAUUGUUCCCAGAAUGUCUACCUACUAUCAGAGUUCCUCUUCUUCUCAUGGUGGUGGUAUGGGCUUUGGAGGUGGGGGUGGCUCCAGCCGUUUGUCCUCUGGCGGCUUUGGUGGAAGCGGUGGUGGUCGGAUGUCUUCCUCUUCUGUUAGGUAUGUCUCUUCUGGAGGAGGACACGGAGGUGGUUAUGGAGGAAGCUUAGGAGGCGGGUAUGGUUCUGGAUUCAUUUCUGGUGGAGGUGUUGGCUUGGCUUCUGGCUUCGGUGGAGGUGCUGGCGGAGGCUACGGUGGAGGUGCUGGCGGAGGCUACGGUGGUGGCUUUGGUGGAGGUUUUGGCGGAGGCUAUGGUGGUGGCGGCUUUGGUAGUUGCUUUGACUUUGCAGCUGGUGGAGAUGGAGUCCUCCUUGCUGGAAAUGAGAAGGUCACCAUGCAGAAUCUCAAUGACCGCUUGGCCACUUACCUGGAUAAGGUGCGGGCUCUGGAGGAGGCAAACACUGAACUGGAGGUCAAGAUCCGAGACUGGCACCAGAAGCAGGCCCCUAAAAGUCCAUCCAGGGACUACAGCCAAUAUUACAAGAUUAUUGAGGAUCUCCGUGACAAGAUUCUUGGUACCACCAUUGACAAUUCUAGGGUCAUCUUGGAGAUUGACAAUGCUAGACUGGCUGCUGAUGAUUUCAGACUGAAAUAUGAGAAUGAGCUGCACCUCCGUCAAAGUGUUGAAGCUGACAUCAAUGGUUUGCGCAGAGUCUUGGAUGAGCUCACUAUGUCCAAAUCUGACCUUGAGAUGCAGAUUGAAGGUUUGAAGGAAGAUCUGGCCUACCUCAACAAGAACCAUGAGGAGCUAAUGAAAGAAUUCAGCACUCAGCUGACUGGCAAGGUCAGCGUUGAGAUGGAUGCUGCACCUGGAAUCGAUCUCACCAAAAUUUUGGCUGACAUGAGGGAACAAUAUGAACACCUGGCUGAGCAGAAUCGCAAAGAUGCUGAGACAUGGUUCUUCUCCAAGACCGAAGAACUGAAUCGUGAAGUUGCCACCAACACGGAACAGAUACAGACCAGCAAGAGUGAGAUUUCAGAACUGCGCCGCACAAUACAGGGUUUGGAAAUCGAGUUGCAGUCACAGCUUAGUAUGAAAGCUGGCUUGGAAAGCAAUUUGGCAGAAACAGAAGGACGGUACUGUGCUCAGCUAGCCCAGAUCCAGAACUUGAUCACAGGUGUGGAAGAACAGCUGGCAGAACUGAGGAAUGACAUGGAGCGCCAGAACCAGGAAUACAAAAUGCUCAUGGACAUCAAGACACGCCUAGAACAGGAGAUUGCCACCUACCGCAACCUGCUGGAGGGUCAGGACUCCAAGCUGUCGGCAUGGUCUCCAAAGGAUGCAUCCUAUGGCGGGGGUAGCACCACGGUCACCUACAGUGGUGGCAGCAGUGGUGGCGGCGGCGGCGGCGCUGGCAGUGGCAGUUAUGGUGGUGGCAGCGGCAGCAUUACCACCAGCUCCACCAGCAGCAGCAGCAAAGUCCGUUCCAGCAACUACUAAAUUUUCCCUGGAUCAGUGGUCUGGUUCCACCAAUUGUGCACAUCUGUGGGAAGAACAACCUUGUGUUUUCUGUCUGCUCAAGAAGCACAGUGCAUUCUCAAGAUUCCCAAUGCUUGCUAAGAGAAAUUUCCUUCUACUUUCUCAAUUGGCUUCUGGACCACUCCCUAAUGGCAUCUUCUUAAAAGCUUUGCCUCAAUUAUCACAGCAGGCACACCUUUCCUUAACUUUCUCAAUGAUCCUAAUAAAGGAAAUUCUUUCAGCCUUUUUUGCAAAUAAA